CUGAUUAAAAAAUUGAAACAAGAGCCCUUAAUCCAAAGUUGAAAGACAUAGAAAGAGUGACUCGAUUUGAUUCUACUGGCGCCGUCACACACAGUCUUCCAUUUCAAUGGAACCCGUUUGCCCUAUCACCUCCUCUCGCGCCACUGAAAUUUCCGCUCUUCUAUCUCCUCCUUCACCUCGCCAACUUCAGGAAUAUUAUCACAACAUUUUCUCUGCAACACACUGCAAUGGUAUCACCGUCAAACACGAUCAAAAAUUUGGAAAAGGUGUGUAUGCUGCAAUGGAUUUCAAAGAGGAUGAACUUGUUCUCAAGGACCAAAUGCUUGUAGGGACUCAACACUCCUUCAACAAGAUUGAUUGUUUUGUGUGUAGCUUCUGCUUUCGUUUUAUUGGUUCUAUAGAAACUCAAAUUGGGAGGAGGCUUUACUUGAGAGAAUUAAGGGCCAAUGAGAGUCAUGCUUGUGAUGUAGGAACCUCUUCACAGUCUAUUGAAAACUCUCAUGAAAUGGAUUCAUCUGAUGAAGAAGACAGCACUUUGCAAGGUUGUUCGGGUGGUUUAAAGAAUAUAGUUCCUCUCCCUGAAGGAGUUGUGGAAUCAUUGAUGAAUGGUGAAUUGAGAUUGCCUUGCUCUGAGAAGUUCUCAUUGCCUCCAUCUGUUCCAUGCCCUGGUGGAUGUGGAGAAGCUUACUACUGCAGCAUGUUGUGUGCAGAGGCUGAUUGGGAAUCCUCCCAUUCUUUACUCUGUACUGGUGAGAGUUCUGAUCCAAGGCGUAGAGAGGCACUCCUUAAAUUCAUGAAACAUGCUAAUGAAACAAAUGACAUAUUCCUCCUUGCUGCAAAGGCCAUUUCUUCUACCAUAUUAAGGUACCACAAGUUAAAAGCAAAUUGUCCCGAAGAGAAACUGAAAUAUGAUGCAUCCUGUGUUUCAGACAACUAUAAUUUCUAUCUUCUUUUGGAAGCUUGGAGACCUAUAUCAAUGGGAUACAAAAAGAGGUGGUGGGACUGCAUUGCAUUACCAGAUGAUAUCGAUUCUUCCGAUGAAGUGUCAUUCAGGAUGCAAAUAAAAGAGUUGGCAUAUGAGUCUCUCCAACUUCUUGAAACAGCAAUAUUUGACAAGGAAUGUGAGCCAUUAUUCUCCCUUGAAAUCUAUGGACAUAUCAUUGGCAUGUUUGAACUGAAUAAUCUUGAUUUGGUUGUUGCUUCUCCUGUGGAGGAUUACUUUUUAUACAUUGAUGAAAUGACAAACCCUGAUAAGGAAGAAGCUGAGAAAAUUACACAACCAAUUCUAGAUGCUUUAGGUGAAGACUAUUCUACUUGUUGCGAAGGAACUGCAUUUUUUCCUUUGCAAAGCUGUAUGAACCAUUCCUGUUGUCCUAAUGCCAAAGCUUUCAAAAGAGAUGAGGAUAGAGAUGGCCAAGCAACAAUAAUUGCACUGAGGUCCAUCUAUAAAGGAGAAGAGAUAACCAUUUCAUAUGUUGAUGAAGACCUUCCAUUUGAAGAGAGACAAGCAUCUCUUGCAGAUUACGGUUUUAGAUGUAAAUGUCCAAAGUGCAUUGAAGAAGAGCCAUAGAUAGUGUUACAACCCAAUGCAAACAUUUAUACACAACAGAAUUCAAUUGUAUAAAGAGGCUGUAUGCAAGGUUUAAAAUUUAAUUUUAUGCCUUUAAAAAUACAAUGAGUUUUAUGCAUAGAACCAAAAUCAAUUUUGCAAAGCUUAUAUUUUUCUAUGAGCUGGUUGAUUUGUAUAUGUUUAUUAAAAUGAUGAUAAAGAUAUGGAAAUAUAUCUUGUCUUUUAAGAUCUUAUUCAACAUGUGGAAAUA